AAUGUGUGGCAGGAGUAUGUGACAAAAGACAGAAAUGAGUGACUGUCACGCUCAAUGCGUGACACUUGAGAGCCUUGUCUCUUGGGGCUAGGCUACAUACGUCUGCUUUCCCUGCUGGAGUGUGAUGUGUUUCAUGUGCAGGUAUGAUGCAUGGUACAAACCAAUAGGUUGUCUGAAUGGUUUGUGUUUAUACUUCUCAUCGAACCACAAUCACACUGGCACUCAUUUAUCAAACAAGUGUCCGUAUGAUCAUUUCAACAAGGCUCAGCAUUUAUCAGUCUCUAAUUGAUCUGAGGAUACAAUCAGAUCUCACGUCUGGUCUCAGCUCGUCCACGAAGGUUUGAGUCAGCGUGAAGUCAACAUGUCAUAUCUUAGACUAUUGUAUUGAUGCCUGGAGCUGAUAAGACUCUGCCGUGUUUUAUUUUUAAUGGUGACAAACCAAAGCAUGUUUAGGCUAUAUCAUUUAUCAUUAAAAUAUCACAGCGACCGUGGAAUUCUUUAAUACUAUACAGAAUACUAGCCGAGACUAUUAAAUGUUGUUGUCUUCUGCUAUUUACUUUUAUCCGACUCAGACAGCGUCUCCACCAGUGGUUCUGCCCGGAUCGAAACAUUUCCAAUCAGCGAUGCCACACACUCCUCUGACUGGGACAGAAUUCUGACUAAAUGUAAAAAAGCUGGUCCGGUGUGGAUGGUGACAUCAGCAGUGACCAGUUGAUUCCCCAAAGAGGCGUUCUCAGGGACACGCCCCCUACCUCCAGGCUCCUCCCCUCUUAGGACAGGUAGCUCUCACCGGAGGAGGAGGAGGAGGAGAGGACAGGACGUUACUUCAGGUGUUGAAACCAGCAGCAGGUGAGGAGGAUUAGCUCCGCCCCUCACCAUGACAGACUUGGAGUCUGAGUGUUUGAGCCUCGGCAUGCCCCCGGAGUGCGGCUCCCCUCCCCCGCCCCUGGACCCCUCCCUGCAGGUGGACUGCCCAGCGCCAACGCUCAGCUCGCUGGCGGCGGAGAUCGCCGAGCCGCUGGUGAUGCUGCCGUGCGUGAAGAGCGAGCCGGAGGACGGAGACCUGGAGCCGAUCCGCACUGUGGACCUGUCGGAGAUCCAGCCGCUGUCCACCGCCGAGCUGGGCCACGACCAGAUCAAGAUGGAGAUCAGCGGGCUCGACUACAUCAAGUCGGAGCAUCACGGCCACCAUGGCGACCACCUGGGUCACUUCCACCACGGCGACGUUACCGAGCUGGACUACAAAUCGCACUAUGAGCCCAGCUCCGUGUUCGACUACAUCUCUCAGGUGACGGACACUCUGGAGUACAUAAAGUCGGACCACCAUGUGGAUCUGCAGUGUUACUACACAGCCGAGCUGAGCUCCCUGAAGUGCGAGUACCCAGAAUCCAACACCAUGUCGAGCCACCUGCAGCCCAAUGGCCUGGAGUCCAUCCACAUGGCUGAGCUGCGCACCGAGCUCAACAAGCUGCGGCCCGACGCCCUGCUGAUGGACGGCAUGGGCAAACUGGACCCUGAGUUCGGAGGGGGGGCGCUGUACGAGCUGCAGCCGGCCGAGCAGGGAAAGGGGGAGGCGGGGGCGGCGGCCGGGACGGGGGGAAGCGGCGGUGGUCCGGUCUCCACUAAAACCCAGAGCCCGACGGUGAGGAAACCCCGUAACAUGCAGGGGGAGAAGCCUUUCUCCUGCACACAGUGUGGAAAGAACUUCAGCACGCUGGGGAACCUGAAGACGCACCAGCGCAUCCACACCGGCGAACGGCCCUACACCUGCUCGCAGUGCGGCAAGAGCUUCGGCCAGGCGGGAAACCUCAAACGCCACCAGCUGAUCCACACGGGCCAGAAGCCGUACGUGUGCGCCCACUGUCCCAAAGGCUUCACCAAGGCCGACGACCUGCGCUCGCACCAGCGGCUGCACACCGGCGAACGCCCGUUCAUCUGCGUCACCUGCGGCAAGAGCUUCGGCCAGUCCAAGGAGCUGAAGGCUCAUCAGCUGAGCCACACGGGCGAGCGGCCGUACUGCUGCCAGCACUGCGGCAAGAGCUUCACCAAGGAGUCCAGCUACCGCAACCACGUGCAGAUCCACACGGGCGAGAAGCCCUUCACCUGCUCGCAGUGCGGCAAGACUUUCAGCAACUCGGGCGUGUUAAAAACCCACGAGAAGAUCCACUCGGGUGAGCGGCCGUUCGGAUGCACGCAGUGCGGGAAGAGCUUCGGCCGCCUCGGACACCUGAAGGCUCACCAGCAGAUCCACACGGGGGAACGGCCCUACGCCUGCCCCCACUGUGGGAAGACUUUCAGCCAGUCGGGUCACCUCAAAGCUCAUGAGCAGAUCCACAAACGGGAGCGAGCAGACACGGCGAGCAGCAGCAGCAGCAGCAGCAGCAGCAGCAGCAGCAGCAGCAGCAGCACGGUGGGCAGUGACAGCAGCUAAGACCAGCUCCACCCCCUUUAACCUCUUAGUCAGGUGCAAAUAUGGUUUAACCCUAAAACAAUUCUACCAGAAGGUUUCUCAGUGGUUUACAGUAGUAUCAGAUGUACUUAAAAACAUACUGAAAGUUUUUUAACAAUUUUUGACUCUAAGAAAUACCCCAUUUUCAAAACCUCCAGGUCUUUAAAAUGACCAUUACUCCUUCUAGUCAGGAGGCUGAGCUAAAUAAAGUUAAAAUUUUUCCACAUGCUCACCAUCACCAUAAGUUUCAAUUUUUGAUGGGAGCCACUUCAUCAAGAUUUGGGAUCAGAGAUCGCAGCCAUAUAAAAUCUAUGAGAACCAGUAUAUCUUCCAAGCCACUCAGAAGGUCAAUCUUGGUGUCAAAAUAUACAUUUUCUGUGUCAAGGAAGCAUGUAAAGCUAUCAAGAAUAUCACUAGAUGAUUAUUUGAUCCAAUAGAUAUGUUCAUUUUGGCUACGUAUUUAUGUAAUUUCCAACUCAUUAAUAUAGGUCAUAUACAGUACAUAUAUUCUGAAAAAUGGAUAACAUGCAUAAAUUGAAUUGAACCUUAUUAGCUUCACUCGUAUUAUUUAUUACAUUUACAACCACAAAGAUCUGAGCAGUUCCAGUGAGCCUUCCUGCAUGAGCACCUUGCACCACAGACACUUUACAGUUUCCCUUCAGUAAUUACAGAUUUCUCCUUUCUCAGAUGGCUUUGCCUAGUGUUGGUGGCUUCCUGCACAUCUCGAAAAUGAUUUGAAAAGAUUUUGGUCAACUUUAAGUAUGUUAUUAAGGACAUCUAAUACUACAAGAAACAGCUGACAAACCUUUUGGUAAAAUGUUUUUAGGGUUAGGUGUUUUUUUCAUAUAUGCACCCGCCUAUCUCGGAAAAACAAAGUAUUAUUCCUCUUUUUUAUAAAUGCUAUAUCUAAAGUUUUUUCCUUCUGAGUUUUUCUUACAUUUUCAUACCUUUUGCAUUUUACCUGUGGGCGGGGCGACUCAUUUGCUCUUAUGCAAGUGUGUGUGUGUGUGUGUGUGUGUGUGUGUGUGUGUGUGUGUGUUCAUGUACCGUGUGUCUGUGGGCGGGUUUGUAGAUAAUCUCUCAGUACUUACUGAUACACAAGCACAAAUACUUCAGUGACCAAGUCGAAGUACUUCAUGUCGUUUUAAUUUUUUACUGAACCAGACCAGCAGCUCCUGAACCAGGAUCUCGUCUACGGAUCUGAUGAAUCCACUUCAACUGUUCAGAAAAACAGCAGGAAUGUUUUUGUACUUUAAAUUGUUACAAACACAUUUUUACAGAUUUUUUUUUCAAAUCGUCGAUGUUCAUCUUAAACUCUUUUUUUACUUUGUGAAUCAGAGUCUCCUGCAGGGAAGAGCAGAGCGAGCUGCUGACUGUAAUACUGAGAUUAAACAUAAUCAUAGAGCACCUUCCAUCACAAAGUGCAGCUCAAACAGAAAUAAAACUCUUUAAAAACAGGAGCAGUAACAUCAUAAAAUCAAGAUUUAAAAUACAAACAAAUUCAUAAUCGUAAACAUUUUUUUUAUAAAUGUAUAAAAAUAAUCUGCACCAAAAAAUAAAACUGAGAUACUUUGAUUAAAAAAGUUGGGGGAAAAAUAACAAAAAGCCAAAUUAGUAAAAUAAUAAAACAGUUUAAAAAUUGAAAUAUAAUGCAAAACAACCAACAAAAACAAAACGGCUGGAAGUGAAAUACGAUGAAAUCAAAGAUGUUUUUUAUGCAGCUGAUUGAGAAACGUCUUCAUGCUGCACUCUGAGUGCUGUCCAGGGGGCUACUCCGGAAAGAAGUCUGAUUGCAUAGAAGUCUGAGAAAAUUAUUUGUGACCUCAGUAAACAUUCUCGUAAUGAAUGUAUGUUGUGUCGAAGCGAAAUUUUGAAAUGAAAGAAAUUGUGAAUUAGGGAUGUUUCCAUCAACCAGCCCGAUCGCACAAAGUCAUGUUGAAUGACCACGACUUCUAAACAUCGAGUAGUGUGUGAAAAUGACCUUAACGGCAUAUAAUUCUAAAAAAUAACACACAUUAAACAUACAGGUAUGGUUCACGGUUGUAAAAAAGCUGCAGUUUCUGUGAAGUUACGUAAAAGGCAUUAUUCACAAACGUUACGUAAGUUCCCUAAACCAACGUAAAGUAAAUGGACUGCACUUAUAUAGCCAAAUCGGCUAACCUUAACAAUAUAAGUUACAUAAAAAUACAUUAUUCACAAACUGCGAGCCACAAAAGUCACACACAAGUUACCUAAACAACGUAAGAAACCUAAUAAACACAAGUUAUGUAAAAAAAUUUUUAAAAUGAUUCACAAACUGAGCCACGUAAGUUACCUAAACAAUGUAAGUUACCUAAAAAAAAAAAAAAAAGUAAAUGACCUAAAAAACAUAAGUCAUGUUAAAAAAAACUUUAUUCACAAACCGCCAACCACAAAAGUUACACAAGUUUUCUAAACAUCGUAAGUUAUGUUAAAACGUGAUUCACAAACUCGGCCAGGGAGGUUAAGUAAGUCACUUUUGUGUUCACACGGGACAUGGACCUGUUCUCGCUUGUGAAAAUCUUUGAAUGGAAAUUUCACACAUUACGAGCCACCAGCGCAGAAUUCGGUGUUGAGGUUGUGGUGAUUUCACGUAAUUUUGUGAGAUCUUCCAGCUGAUCAGUCAUGUGAUGUACAUGUUUCAGAACUUAUUCAGAAAAAGUUUCCAUCUCCUGUUUAGAGCAUUAACUAUUUUUAUAAAAGACAAAAGCACCUCAAGCCAGCAGAAACACUGUGUAUCAUCAAGCUUUUCUCAUGAGAAUCUUCAGAAUGAGCAGAAACCCGCUGACCUCAGUGUCCGAGCCUGAAUGCUCUGCUGCACCGAGCCAGCAGACCAAGAAGUUCUGCUCCUUCUGCUGUUUACGUUAAAGCCAUUAAAACGCUUCAGAUACCAAAAAUCUGCUUGUCGUCUCCAGAUUCUGCAUCCAUGUAACAGAAAUGUGUUUCUAUAUCAAACAAAUAUCAGCAAAACAAAGGACAGUAAAUCGUUUUUUGCCAAAAGAGAUUCACAAAUAUUAUUUUUAUUCUUGUUUAUUAAAAAACCGAACUUCAAAAAAAGUCCAGAUAUAAAGUUUCUGCAGGAGGAACUCUUGAUUCACUUCAUCACCACUUGGUCUGUUGAAGUUAAUCAGAUGGAGCUAAACGGGUCCUGGUUCACAUCUUGGCACACAGCAGUACAAGUACUUCAAGUACAAUCUUUUGCCAACCAUGUGCGAGUACUUUCUGAGUUUCCUAGUAUUUUUCUGAGGCGUGGGUACUGGCAGGCGUCCGCUCCGUCACUGUAAGAGCUGAUAUUUUUUAUGGAGCAGUAUUGAUCACAGUGAAGAUAAUCUGCCGAUGCGACUUUUCUUCUGUAGCAGGAUUCGAAUCAU